AUGACGAAUUCGGGUGAAGAAUCUUCGACUAUGAAUGUUAAUAGUACCACUAGCACUGGUAUUGCGGGGGAUGACAUCAGUUCCCCUUUAUACAUGCAUCCCUCUGACAAUCCGGGUGCAAUGUUAGUACCUAUUCCCUUCGAUGGAACAGGGUAUAGAUCAUGGAGAAGGGGAGUUCUUAGAGCCUUGUCUGUUAAGAACAAGUUAGGGUUCAUCAAUGGUGAAUGUAAAAGACCAUACCCGGGAACAUUACGAUAUAGGCAGUGGGAAAGAUGUGAUGAUAUGGUCACAUCAUGGAUCCUAAAUUCACUAACUAAGGAAAUUGCAGACAGUGUUGAAUAUGUAAAUGAUUCUUUCGAGCUGCGGAAAGAGCUAAAUGAUCGAUACGAUCAAACAAAUGGUGUGAAACUGUAUCAAGUGCAGAGAGAAAUAAAUGAAUUGUCUCAAGGUAGUAUGGACAUAACUACUUAUUAUACAAAAAUGAAGAAAUUGUGCGAAGAGUUGAGCACUUUACAUGCUAAGACCCAGUGUAAGUGUAAUUGUGUUUGUGGUGCCAAAGAACACUUGUUUAAAGCAGAACAAGACAGGAGAUUGGUCCAAUUUCUCAUGGGGUUAAACGAGGUUUAUACAGUGGUUAGGGGAAACAUUCUUAUGAUGAAUCCAUUGCCAUCCUUGGCACAGGCUUUUUCACUACUGAUACAGGAUGAGAGACAAAGAGAGAUAAAACAAAGCAAUCAAUUGUUUAUGGAGUCUACCUCUUUGAAUGCGAGCGGAUCGAACAAGAUGUCUUUGGAGACCAAUAGUUUUCUUGCUGGAAUGAGUAGCCACAGGGGAGGAAAAACUCCUAGGACCAACUAUUCUUCUGGUACGAGCAUAUCAGGUGGAAAUGGAAGUUUCAGGACAAAUUACACCCAAAGCACUGGCUAUGGUGGAAACAAGCUUCGUGUGGUGUGUGAUUACUGCAAAAGACCAGGGCACACCAAAGAGAAAUGUUAUAAACUCCAUGGUUAUCCACAAGGAAAUAAUCACAACUCCUACAAUACCUACCAAAGUUCACAGAGUAGUUAA